GGCUACAAAUUGUCAAAGAUGGCGACUUCACGGCGACUAAAAUUGACUGAAUAGAAUGUAUAAUGCUGCUUGAUUGAACGCGUUAAAAGACUAUUGGGAGUUCUAUAUGUCUGGAACACGUUUAACACGCAAGGUGACGGUGGAAGGUAGCAAAAAGCUACCUGAAAGUGGUGGUCAAAGUUCAAGUUCGGGUUCCGGGACAAGGAGAAGCGUGUUUGACAGACUCGGCCCUGGAACGAGCGAAGUAAGUAUUAGGAAUGAUUAAUAGAAAGCCUGGCUGUUUAUAAGAGUUUUUCAGUCUUCAGGGUUCGCGGCUGAUCGAUAGUUGGUUCUGAUCUUAUCCGGCAAAAAAUUAAAAAAAGGGAACAAUUCUUUCAAGGACCUCAGUGGUCUCAGUUGUUCAAAGGCUGGAUAGCGCUAUCCACCGGAUAAAUCUCCACCUGGGAUUUCAAAAUGUUUUGAAGUAGGCGGCCAACCCUGGAAAAGCAGGCGAAUGUGACAAUCAAAGGGGCUGUAAGGCCCCUGAAGCUAGGGGGAUGUAGAGUAGCCAGCGACAUACAUUCAAGUAGCUAGCGCAACUCUUGCUUCUCUCCGCCUGCACCACAGAUGUAAUUUUUAACCUCAGUUAUGAAUCAGAGUUGGCUCAAAAAGAGGUUUUCAGUAAAAGAUUGUAGAUGGAAUGAAACACUAUUCAAGAUUGAAGCGGAUUUCCAGAUGUAUUGGAUGCGUACAUUUGAUUUCAGGUUAAUAUAAACGCUUUCUGAACUGGCCAAGCCGGUGUCCAUGUCAGCAUGGUCCCUUAGCUGACUGCAGACCUCUCAACUCCAAAAGACCAAAAACCUGGAGAUCUGGGGUAAAAAACCAGGUGUAGGGAACAGAUAAAAACGAAAAAUUGAUCACUAAGAAUACGUUUAACAGGAUAUGAACCUUCUCAUUCUAUUUUGAACUUUGUCUUCGCUCAAUGAAUAUUCAUGGUUUUCCACCAUUUGACAAGAGGAAACGUAUCUUAAUGCAACAAACUGGUAACAAUAACCUUAUUUGCCAUUUGUCUUCUAAAUAUGGUUUUGAGGUCUGUAUCUUAUUGACAAGACUAUCAACAUAUAGCCUUAGAACUGUGGAUUUCUACAGAAUUUUUGCCUGAAAAUAAUUUUUACAAGGCAAAGAUGAAAAUAUUCAAGGAAAGUGUAUUCCAUUGGCUUGUGAAUCUGUUUACCAAGGGACUUUUGUGCCUCAUUGUGAGACCAGGAGAUUGUCAUCAAAACUGAGAGACUUGAGAAGACUGUCCGUUUAAUACCUAGGAGAAACUGAAAAAAAGGCUCGUCCUCGGUGCAGGAACCUGUUAAACUCACAGGUGACGUAAAACAAAGGAAACAAAUAAGUCAGCACAACAGAACUUAGAAAAACAAAAGGUGCAAAACAAGGAAAAAGUUCACAGGUUCUUAUGGCGAGGUAAACCCAAAAAUAACAUUUAUGCAAAACUCUGGGUACGGGGGAGGGAGCAAACAAGAUGUAUUAUGGCAGAUUUGCAAAUGACACAUCAUUAUUAUUAAUGGGGAAUGCCAAGAUUUUCCUCAUAGGUAAAUGCGUCAAUGUUAUCAAUUAUAUUGCCUANUUUAAUACCUAGGAGAAACUGAAAAAAAGGCUCGUCCUCGGUGCAGGAACCUGUUAAACUCACAGGUGACGUAAAACAAAGGAAACAAAUAAGUCAGCACAACAGAACUUAGAAAAACAAAAGGUGCAAAACAAGGAAAAAGUUCACAGGUUCUUAUGGCGAGGUAAACCCAAAAAUAACAUUUAUGCAAAACUCUGGGUACGGGGGAGGGAGCAAACAAGAUGUAUUAUGGCAGAUUUGCAAAUGACACAUCAUUAUUAUUAAUGGGGAAUGCCAAGAUUUUCCUCAUAGGUAAAUGCGUCAAUGUUAUCAAUUAUAUUGCCUAGUCCUUUCAUCGGAUCAUGAUAACAGCAAAAAUACAACAAGCUAGAUUACCUGAUUUUUUUUUCUAGUGACAUUCUUUAAGAGUAAUAAAUACAUGAUUUUCGCCAUAUGUGUAGCAUCAUUACCUGCAGUUGCAGAUGAGUUAACCAAAGUGACAGGCAAGUUGGUUCAUAAAUGAAUCUAGAAAGCUUCUUUACUCAGACUCUGUGUGCACUUUAAGUAUAUCUGUCUAUUCAAGAAUUCUGCCUGGUCCAGAAUACUGUAAAUGCCAGAAUAGUGCCAUAAGUAUAUAUUUGAUUUUCUUCUUAUAGCUUGUAUGCAAACCAGAUUAUCUCCAUGCCAAAACCUACUCUGAAUAAGUGUAUUUAUGCAUUCAUGAAACAAAUGGUUCUGAUUUCAGCGUUCAAGACCCAGAGAACCAUAUCCUCCUGAGAAAUGCAGAAACUGGCUGCGAGAUGGUAGAUGUCAGUUUGGAAGAAGCUGCAAAUUUCUUCAUGGGCCAUUUAGUGAACCUAAGCAGAGAACAAAAAGUCUAAGAAGUGUUGUGAGAAGUGAUGUUGACAGGUGGGUAUAAAACAACUGCAAAUGUGUUCGUUAAAUAAAGCCUUUGACUUUUAAGUGUGAAAGAACCAAGGGACAUACAAUAAAUCCUUUUUUAAUGCCUUCAUCCUAGGCCAAGUUAUGACUGGAUGAUUUCUCACUAGAACUUUCAAAUUUGAGGACAAAAUCAAAAUCCUAUGGUGUUACCAUUAAUUAAUAAUUAAUCACCUUCCACAGUACUUUUGCACAAUGCUAUUGAUUUCUUAGGAUUUUACAAAAACAAAUUUGAAUUUUUUUUAAACUUUUACAGUGGCCUUUAUUAGGAGUAAAAGGAUUAAUAUUGUUAAGGAUCCCUUACAUUUAUUUUUCUAUACAUGAAAAAAAUGAUAAAUAUAAAACCUCUUAACCUCCUCCUUGGAGCUAAUAAGCAGGCAUGAAUAAUGUAGUUAAUGUAAGUAGAAUGAAUUUCCUACAUGAAAUAAGCUGUUUUGCUCUAAGAAUUUGUAUUCUAAUGUAAUGGACCCUUGAUGUUCUCUCUUGAAACAUUCUUUCUUGGGUGGGUUAUUUUAAUGAAGUCUGAUUAACUUAGGACAUAGUUAAAAAUCAUCAGUUAGACCUCCAGAUCUGUUUCUAAAUUAGUUAUUAAGAUAAAUGCUUUCUUGUGUUUGCUAUAUGCUUUGAAUUAAACAGAGCUUGUUGGGCAAACUAAAAGUGGCUUAGAAAAUACAUGUAUAAUAACUGUUUCAAAAAUAUUAUUUAUCAAUGGCAACAGAAAUCACAGAGAUAAAGCAUGAGAAAAAUUAUCAAUAAUAUUAUUAACUAGUGUUAAUGACAGUCCCAAAGAAGUGUAGUUGUAAAUAUACUAUUGAUAUGGGCAUGCUUUCCAUGAAAUAUAUGCAGACUGGUUAUGCUCAAUUUUAUUAAUAACUGGCCCAUUGUUUAGUGACAAAUCUCCUAGUUAAAAGAAAAAAUCGAAUACUGUUUGAUUAACUUUUCUUUUGACUGUUUUUUUUAUGUUACAUGUAUUUAUUUUGGUGGCCCACACAGAUCAGAGGAACGAGGUAAGUUACACAAAAUUAUUCAAUUUCACCCAGUAGUAAGUUGUAAAAUUCACAUGGGAAUCAAUGGGUAUGGUAGAACCAGUCACGGGCAUGUGCAGUCACAGUUAUCUGUUCACUUUAACCCAAACACACAACUGCAUUUAUACAAAUGUUCUUCCUUCUAUUCAGUGCAUCUUUUGGUGGGUCAGACUUUUAAGUCUGUGUAUGAAAUCCUAUGAUGUGACGAUUUAAAUGAAUCCUCUUUGGUGUUGCUUUCACAUGGUACUACUUGUGUUUUAGCAUUUGACAAACUGAAAUUUGGAAAUUUUGUUAAAUUCUAACUUAAGGCACUUUUGGGAGUGGAAGGGUUAAAAUAUAGGUGCAUGUUAUGAUUUUCAGAUGAAGGAGGUCUGGGCGGUCGGACUCGGAGUUUGGACAGCUUAGAGCCUGAGGACGAGGAGGAGAUUCCAAUCAAAAGGAAGAAAAGCAGGCCACUCGAAGAAUCAGCGGACCCUGGCAAGAAAAGUGAAAAGCUAAAGCGAAGACAGCAUGUUGAGAAACAAUCUUCAGAAGGUGCAUUGUAAAUCUCUAUACAGAAUUUCCUUGCAGCUGCUCUCUGUUUUGAAAGUUAAUUUAAUAAGCCAUUUGUGUCUUCCAGAGUUGCUUCAUUGUAGUGCGAGGUCCAAAUUUUUUCCUCCUUCCCCUAAAAUGGUCGAUUUUUACUUUAGUUUUUGAACCUGCGAGUUUUCACUGUGGAAAUAGAAGACUUCGCCUCCCCCUCUCUGUGGUUAUAAUGCCAGGGGCGAGGCAUUUUUUCUUUCUUUCAGAACUUGACCCGUGCUCCUAAUCUUAGCUAGCUUAACUGGUUAAAGUGGUUUUCGUUUGAGUGUCGUAAAACCAAAACCAAAGUAAUUACUCUGGCCAAUCACAUAGGACACAGACAAUACAUUGAACCAAUCAAAACUCGAAGUAAUUACAUGUGGCUGACGCAAAGCGCGGGAAAAUGCAUGCGAGCGCGUCACAAUUGGCUUUGGUUUUACUUCUGAUUGGAUGAAAAGGUGGCGCGAAUCUUUUAAGCCAAUCGCAUCGUGUAGAAAGUGCAAAACCAAUUACUUUUCGACACUCAAAUGAAAACCGCUCUAAAGGCUUUGAUCUAAUGUAAUGUCGUUUUCUUUAAUCAGGCGAAGAGGACAAUGAAGACGAACGUAAAAAACGCAGGAAAAAAGUAAAGAAGCGACAUCUGAGUGGGAGUGUUGUCGUUACGAAGUCCCACAGCCCAGAGCAAGAACAGAAAAACUGGGGAGACGACGAUUCUGAAGAGGAGAGAAAUGAGACUUUAGACUGGGAAGAGAGAGGAGAGCUAGACUUUGAGAGGCAGCUGAAUUUAGAAAAGAGAAGACAAGAUCUUCAGCGACAGUUAGCGCUUAUGGAUGAAGAAGAAGCUGCGAGGGAAAAAGCUGAGAGGAAAAUCAGAGAGCCAAAAAAAGACAGAGAGGAAGAAGCUAAACCUGUCGUUCCCGUCGUGCAUAGCAAGCUCCACCCCGAGAAGUCGUCCGUGUCACCUGGGGACGAGUUCUCGCCAGUCUCCUCGCAGUCAACACCAAAGAAAAAGAAAAAGAAGGUAGACGGCGAAGCGAAAAAAGUAAAGACCAAGCGCAAGUUGUCGCCAGCAGAAAAGGAGCUUAAGAAAAAGAAAGGCGUCAAGGCGGCGGCUGAAGGCGUGGAAGCUAACACUGGUGAGGAAAGGACACGAAAAAUCACAGAAUUGUCGCCUGAACCGUCAAAAAGUAAUAUCAGUAGAGAACAGCCUGAGUUUGAAGUUGUCGUUGAGGAAAAAUCACGAGCAGUCAAGAAGAAGCAGUUGAAGAACAAACCUAAGGUGAAUAGCGGUGAAGAUGCGUAUGACACUCCCUCGGAUGUCGCAGUACGGCGAUCCCAGAGACCGCUGUCUUCUGAGGAAAUCCCUCGGGACAAGAGAGCGUUUAGUCCCGAAGAACAGAGGCAACCUGCGGAAAAGUUGCGUCGACGGAUAGCUCUGUCUUCUCCAGAAACCGCUGAUUCCCCAACGUUUCGAUACGCUAGUGAGGAGAGGAGAAGGGGUACGGAUCUCCCCGAUGGAAGCCCUCGGAAACCUUUGCAUGAUGUUCAUGGCAACAGACCUCCUGGUGAAUCGGACUACAAGGCUAAAUCAAAGGGUUAUGACAAGCGUUAUAGACAAGAGGAAUCUCCGGGGGGAACACCGGAGCAUGGCCGCCGAGCAGCGGUCAAGGAUCAGCGUCAUGUCGAAGAAGGACGGGUAGAGAGAAGAAAGGUCAUUGUCGAGGAACCGCCACCGCGAAGCCCAUCUCCCGAAGAUAUACCCCCACGGGGCCCGAUUACACCACCCGAAGAGCAGAGAAGGCGGCGAACACCUCCCAGGGAAGAUAGAAGAGGGCCACGAACUCCCCCUGGUGAGCCUGAAUAUGAUACUGAUGUACAAAAACAUUUGACGAGUGAGCGAGCCCCACCCAGGCGGCGGGGACCCCAAACGCCACCUCACCCUUCCACUCCCCCGGUGCGGGCAAGAUUUGACAAAAAACGUGAAGAGAUUUACGAGGGACGGCCCGAGUCUGUGCCUUAUCGCGAAGAUUUGCCGAGGCCUAAAGAUCGAGCUGAGCGUGACACAAGGUACUCAAGGGCGAGGGGUGAAGAGGUAGCUGAUGAGUUGUCUCGAGGUGGUCGAGGACAUCCUCCGACAGAGGAAGACUUCCCUAGAAGUCGAGUUCAGGAUGAAGAGCUCGGUCGUGCACGACAUCGUGAUGACCGUCAGGAAGACUUCCAUCAACGCGGGCGCCCGAGGGAAGACCGAGCUGACGAUUUUCAUCGAACACGGGAAACUGAACCAGAACGAAGCGAUGAUCACCACCGAAAUCGGGUCGACGAUCCAAGAGGUGAUGAGUUCCAGCGACGAAAACCCGAGGGAGAUGACGAUUAUCUUCGUAGAAGGGAAGAACGAGAUGAAGGCCAUUUUCGUGGACGGAAUCGUGAGCUGGAAAAAGACGACGAGCGCCAUCGACGAAGAGACGAGCGCGGUGAUGAGCAUCAACGAGGCAGAGGUCGUGACGAGUACGAAGAUGAACUUCAAAGGUCUCGUGGUCGGGAUAUUCCCAGGCGUCAGUUUGAAGGCGAUGACAGGCACUGGGAAGGACGUGGGGAAAGAGAUUCUAAAGAAGGACAGUUUAUUGAUCGGGAUAGACGGCGAAAUGACAUCCCGCGGCAAGAUAUGCCUGACAAGUAAGUUGAGAGUCCCCAGUAGGUUUUUCGGGAUUCGGUGGUCGUUUAUUUGAAGGCCCACAUCACUGUUCGAAAAGAGUAGGCGAUGUAGAGCCCGGUGGAUUGACCAACCCUUUCCUGGGCUGGGUAAGAAAGAAAGAUCUUAAUAUAGGGACAACCUCAUGAUGAUUCCCCUUCAAGUGUCGUAAUGGCUACCAGUAAAUAGUGCAUGUAUGUGUGUCUGCUCACAGGCUACAUAGCCCCUUGUUUUGUGGGAUUACAUAGAUUCUGUCUUUAAAAACUCUAAGGAUGGACUCUCUAAAGCGAUGUAGAUUUUGCACGUUCCAUAUAGAGUUUUUCCCUAAUAUACUCAUUUCAAAUCUUUAUCUUUCAGUCGCGCGCGUGAAAGACCUGGCGAAAGACCACGUGACAGAGAUGGUCGACAUCCUCCUCCCGGACCUGACUAUCACAGACGCACUUCCCCCAUCUCCCAUGGCCCGCGACGAUCUCCCCCGCCACACGCCCCCCCACGGGGUCCGCAUCGUUACAUGGAGCGCCGGCGAAGUUUAUCCCCAGGCGGUCGCAGAGAUGAAGGUUACCGACCGGGACCUCCCAGAGAUCAGGGUGGUUAUGGUAUGGGACGAGAGCCAAUGCGUGGAAGAGGUGGAUAUUCAGCGCCUUUUGAUAGCCGUGGUAGACCAAUGGACGACGGACGAAGGCGAAAUUCACCCCCACCUAGGCAGUAUGCGGAUAGAGGCAGAGGGGCUCCCCGUGGGAGGGGAGUCAGAGGUAGGUGUGGCCGGGUCAAUGUGCUGUCACAAGACGCACAUCAAGCGGAAGUGGUCUUUUUUCCAUUUUUUGACUGUGAUUUUGCCCAAAUUUUUUGGACAAGUUUGGGAGCGUCAAGGCGCUUUAAAACGAAAAAGACCUCACUUCCGGUUGACGUGUGUCGGUCAUAAACCUCUUUGUUUAAGCUCCCUUGAGAAAAUCUCUUCCUCCUGAAUAAGGUAAAGCAAGGGUCUCGUAGAUGUUUUUGUUACAGUUUUAAUAGCAACUUUCAGGUGGUACUUUAGUCAUCCUAAGAGAUAAAGGUUUCUGCUGUUGAGCGUAGUGUGUAGGCUGUUCGCAAUCCCCUAUUUUUUCGUAAGAUCGUCAGGAUCGAGCACUUACCAGUACAGGCGGCCAUGUUGGUUUUGUAUGUACCGAGGGGGUGGGCGUAGGUGUUUAUAGCGGCCGGGGGAAGGUCUCCUCCCAAACCCUCUCCGCCCCUUAAGUAAAUUUGACACUCAUCCCGCGGAACAUUUGAAACCAAGAUGGCCACCCGUAACGCAAAGCGCUCGAUCUUGACGAUCUUACAGAAAAACAGGGAACAGUUAACAGACUCAUGUAGUGUUUAGCCUGUAUAAUUGCUCGUAUAUCAUUUACCGUAGGUCUGUGAAAUACUGUAUUGCUCAAAGGCAGAUAUAAACGUAGUAUAUGCAAUGUAGUGUGACCAUCAUUCCAAGAGUUUAAAGUCACAGUGCAAGUUCUGUAUUUUUGAACUUCGAUUUGUUUGUUCGCUUUAAUAAAGUAAGUGAUUUGUUUGAACAGCGGGCCGAGGCUUUCCCGACAGAAUGCGUCCGCCAGGAGACAGGUUCCAAGAACCUCCUCGCGACAGCCGAGCACCGUGGGAUCCGGAACGUCGCCGUGAAAGAGAGCAUCCACGUGACCGGGGCCGACCACAUGAUGAAUCACGUGAUAGGGAAAGACGUCCGAGAAGUGAGCUGUCUCCAGGCCGUGGACCGAGACACUGGGAAGAUAAGAGAGGCGGUAGGUUUUUAACAGUUUAGGUUAUUUAUAAACAAUUUAAAAUGUUUAAAUCGUCUUCUGUUAUUUACAAACCUGAUUCAAGAACACUGCGCGGCAGGAUUAGCGCAGUCGGUAGAGCGCUUGACUGCAGAGCGGGAGGUCGUGGGUUCGAUUCACGGGGCCGGACCAAUACUCAGGGUCUUAAAAUAGCUGAGAAAUGAAGGUUCUUCGUUUGCACUGCAAGCGACGGGCCCUACGCGUGGUUCGGAUGACCACGUAAAAUGGCGGUCCCGUCUCCAUUAGGAGACGUAAAAAUAGUGUCCCCAAUUAGCACUUUCGUGCUAAAUACAUUGACACUCAAAUGAAAUGCCUUUUUCUUACUGAGAGGUGUUAAAGGGAGAAUCAGAAGAGAGUCUUAGAUUCUAAAGGUUGGAACACACUAGGCGACAAGUUGCAGCAACAUGUCGCGACGACACGUUGCAGCGACAAAUCGCUUCGUGGUACUGGAGAAUUUUUGUGAAAAUCUUUGUCGCCGCAACAAGUCGCACAAAUUCAGUCUGAUUUGAUUUUUUGCGUCUCGUUGCAGCGACAAAAUUCUGUUGCGGAGACAAAGAUUUUCACAUAAAUUCUCCAGUACACAAGAAGUGAUUCGUCGCUGGGACGUGUCGCCGCAACGUGUUGCUGCAACUAGUCGCCGGACCUGUACACAUGGAUUGAUCUGGUCACCGCGACUUGUUGCUGCAACGUGUCGCCUAAUGUGUACCGACCUUAAGACAAGGGCGACUACGAGAACGAGAUUUUCUCAAUACUAACUAGUGCGCACGCGUUAACGAGCGUCAUUUUGGCUGGAAAACGCGAUAGUCAGCCUCAUUCUACUACGGGUUUUAGCGAAAAUGUCCUAGACCUACUUUUUAUGACUUAACUUUUACUCGCCAAUUUCGUAGGGAGCCCAGGACGUGGUAGUAGCCCCCCACGUGACCGGCGAGCGCAUGAGCAGGAGAAAAUACCGCGUGAAGUAGAGGAAGAUCGCAGACGUAGAUCAGAGAAUGAAGAGGACGAGUGGGAAUAUGAAGAAGAUAUUGGAGAUGACAAAGAAAGAAUACCAAAACAAGGAGAAAGGUAUGUGAAGUACAGUAUUACGGCUGACAACUCACUAAGCCACCUCCCCUUGUAUUACCCUUGCUUUCCGUUGGCACGACUCACCUUACCCUGUUACAUAGUACCUUUUCGUAUAAAGUACCCGUUAGAAAAAGGCUACAUGCAGUGAAACAAAUUUAAAGGGGAACAACAGACCUGGCCCUAGUUUUUCAAAAGAUGGAUAACGCUAUCCACCAGAUAAAUCACUAACCACAGGAUAGCGCAAUUGGUUUCCCUAACACUUAUUCCGUUGGAUAGUGACUUAUCCGGUGAAUAACGCUAUCCAACUUUUGAACAACUGGGGCCAGCAUUUUAUUCUGCUGGGGCAAGGUGGUGUAACGAAAGAGUCAUCCCCCAGUCAAACAUGCUGUGAUGCAAUGCAGGCAUUUUCUGGUAACGCGACGAGUGCUAGAAGUCUGUUAGAUUGUCACGUUGUGUUACAGAGCCCACAGUUCAGUCGAACCAGUAAAGGGGUAGUCUCCCUCGCAGCCGUUUUUGUCUCGUGACGGGGAAAUCGUUGCGUGAGGAGACAAAAUGGCUGAGUGGGAGACUAGGGGAGCUUCUUUACGGAUAUCCGCUUAAUACGUUAAUUAUGUUGACAAUGUGCUUUUUAAUCACAGAAAACGACCCAGAGAAAAUACAUCGUCUGUGUCUACAACGGAGUCGCCAGUAGCAGGGAAACGACGACGAAGUGAAACGCCGGAGACGGAAGAGACAGCGGUUCCGGAAGCAGCUGAAGUAGGAGACAAGAGUGGCGAAGCCCAACCUACCACAGAAACACCAACCAAACAAACUAAGCCCGAAACAGGGACACCUAUCAAAGCAGUUACCAAAAUAAAAAAGAAGAAGGCCGGUAAAAAGGAAGGGAAGGUCGUCAAAUCCGAAGGUGAAGGAAGUGUUGAAAGUCACAUGACCCAAGAAACGGUACCGGAAACCGAAGCUCAGAUUGAAAGUGAGAGGCAGCCUAAAAGCGAGAAAAAACACAAGAAAGAUAAGGUAAAAACCAAACAGUCUCCUCGCAGUCAACACCAAAGAAAAAGAAAAAGAAGGUAGACGGCGAAGCGAAAAAAGUAAAGACCAAGCGCAAGUUGUCGCCAGCAGAAAAGGAGCUUAAGAAAAAGAAAGGCGUCAAGGCGGCGACUGAAGGCGUGGAAGCUAACACUGGCGAGGAAAGGACACGAAAAAUCACAGAAUUGUCGCCUGAACCGUCAAAAAGUAAUAUCAGUAGAGAACAGCCUGAGUUUGAAGUUGUCGUUGAGGAAAAAUCACGAGCAGUCAAAAAGAAGCAGUCGAAGAACAAACCUAAGGUGAAUAGCGGUGAAGAUGCGUAUGAGAGCCCUUCGGAUGUCGCAGUACGGCGAUCUCAGAGACCGCUGUCUUCUGAGGAAAUCCCGCGGGAUAAGAGGGCGUUUAGUCCCGAAGAACAGAGGCAACCUGCGGAGAAGUUACGUCGACGGAUAGCUCUGUCUUCUCCAGAAACUGCUGAUUCCCCAACUUUUCGCUACGCUAGUGAGGAGAGGCGAAGGGUUACGGAUCUCCCCGAUGGAAGCCCUCGGAAACCUUUGCAUGAUGUUCAUGGCAACAGACCUCCGGGUGAAUCGGACUACAAGGCUAAAGCAAAGGGUUAUGACAAGCGUUACAGACAAGAGGAAUCUCCGGGGGGAACACCGGAGCAUGGCCGCCGAGCAGCAGUCAAGGAUCAGCGUCACGUCGUGGAAGGACGGGUGGAGAGAAGAAAGGUCAUUGUCGACGAACCACCGCCGCGAAGUCCAUCUCCCGAAGAUAUGCCCCCACGGGGCCCGAUUACACCACCCGAAGAGCAGAGAAGGCGGCGAACACCUCCCAGGGAGGAUAGAAGAGGGCCCCGAACUCCCCCUGGUGAGCCUGAGUAUGAUACUGAUGUACAAAAACAUUUGACGAGUGAGCGAGCCCCACCCAGGCGACGGGGACCCCAAACGCCACCUCAUCCUUCCACUCCCCCGGUGCGGGCAAGAUUUGACAAAAAACGUGAAGAGAUUUACGAGGGACGGCCCGAGGCUGUGCCUUAUCGCGAAGAUUUGCCGAGGCCUAAAGAUCGAGCUGACCGUGACACAAGGUACUCAAGGGCGAGGGGUGAAGAGGCAGCUGAUGAGUUGUCUCGAGGUGGUCGAGGACAUCCUCCGACAGAGGAAGACUUCCCCAGAAGUCGAGGUCAGGAUGAAGAGCCAGGUCGUUUACGACAUCGUGAUGACCGCCAAGAAGACUUCCAUCAACGCGGGCGCCCGCGGGACGACCGAGCUGACGAUUUUCAUCGAACUCGGGAAACUGAACCAGAACGAAGCGAUGAUCACCACCGAAAUCGGGUCGACGAUCCAAGGGGUGAUGAGUUCCAGCGACGAAAACCCGAGGGAGAUGACGAGUAUCUUCGUAGAAGGGAAGAACGAGAUGAAGGCCAUUUUCGCGGACGGAAUCGUGAGCUGGAAAAAGACGACGAGCGCCAUCGACGAAGAGAUGAACGCGGUGAUGAGCAUCAACGAGGCAGAGGUCGUGACGAGUACGAAGAUGAACUUCAAAGGCCUCGUGGUCGGGAUAUUCCCAGGCGUCAGUUUGAAGGCGAUGACAGGCACUGGGAAGGACGUGGGGAGAGAGAUUCUAAAGAAGGACAGUUUAUUGAUCGGGAUAGACGGCGAAAUGACAUCCCGCGGCAGGAUAUGCCUGACAAGUAAGUUAAGAGUGACAGUCCCCAGUAGGUUUUUCGGAAAUCGGUGGUCGCUUUAUUUGAAGGCCCACACCACUGUUCGAAAAGAGUAGGGGACGUAGAGUCCUGUGGUUUGGCCAACCUUUCCUGGGCUGGGUGGGUCAUCUUUAUAUAGGGAUAACAUCAUGAUUCUCCUUUAGGUGUCGUAAUGGCUACUUGUAAACAGUGCAUGUAUGUAUGUCAUCUUCACUCAGGCUACAUGGCACCUUGUUUUGUAGAAUGACAAUGAUUCUGUCUUUAAAAACUCUAAGGAUGGACUCUUUAAAGCGACGUAGAUUUUGCACGUUCCAUAUAGAGCUCUUCCCUAAUAUACUUAUUUCGAAUCUUUAUCUUUCAGUCGCGCCCGUGAAAGACCUGGCGAGAGACCACGUGACAGAGAUGGUCGUCAUCCUCCUCCCGGACCUGACUAUCACAGACGCACUUCCCCCAUCUCCCAUGGCCCGCGACGAUCUCCCCCGCCACACGGUCCCCCACGGGGUCCGCAUCGUUACAUGGAGCGCCGGCGAAGUUUAUCCCCAGGCGGUCGCAGAGAUGAAGGUUACCGACCGGGACCUCCCAGAGAUCAGGGUGGUUAUGGUAUUGGACGAGAGUCAAUGCGUGGAAGAGGUGGAUAUUCAGCGCCUUUUGAUAGCCGUGGUAGACCAAUGGACGACGGACGAAGGCGAAAUUCACCCCCACCUAGACAGUAUGCGGAUAGAGGCAGAGGAGCUCCCCGUGGGAGGGGAGUCAGAGGUAAGUGUGGCCGGGUCAAUGUGCUGUUACAAGACGCACAUCAAGCGGAAGUGGUCUUUUAUUUCAUUUUUUGAUGGUGAUUUUGCCCCAGUUUUUGGACGAAUCGUCUCUAUAAUAGUAAAGACACUAAGAAAUACAAGUUUGGGAACGUCAAGGUGCUUUAAAACAAAAAAGACCUAAAUGUUUUUGUUACAGUUUAAAAAGUAACUUUCAUCUGGUGCUUUGGUCGUCCUAAGCGAUUAAGGUUUCUGCUGUUUAACGUAGUGUAAAGACUGUUAACAGUCCCCUAUUUUUGCUUAAGAUCGUCAGGCGGCCAUGUUAGGUUUGUUUGUACCGAGGGGGUGGGCGUUGGGGUUUAUAGCGGUGGGGGGAGGAAGGCCUCUCCCCAAACCCUCCUCCGCCCCUUAAGUAGGUUUGACACACAUCUCUAGGCUAAAUGCGGAACAUUUAAAACCAAGAUGGCCACCCGUAACGCAAAGCGCUCGAUCUCGACGAACUAACGAAAAAAUAGGGGACAGUAAACAGGUUAAUGUAGUGUUAGCCUGUAAAAUUUCUCGCAUAUUACUUAGCAUGCAGGUAUGUCUGUGAGAUACUUUGUCGCUAAAAGGCAGAGAUAAACGCAGAGAUAAACGCAGUAUAUAGUUUGUUUAUCAUUCCUCGUGUUUAAGGUAACAAUGCAAGUUUUUUUUUUCGUUUGAACUUCGAUUUGUUUGUUCGCUUUAAUAAAGUAAGUGAUUUGUUUGAACAGCGGGCCGAGGUUUCCCCGACAGAAUGCGUCCGCCAGGGGACAGGUUCCAAGAACCUCCUCGCGACAGCCGAGCACCUUGGGAUCCUGAACGUCGCCGUGAAAGAGAGCAUCUACGUGACCGGGGACGACCACAUGAUGAAUCACGUGAUAGAGAAAGACGUCCGAGAAGUGAGCUUUCUCCAGGUCGUGGACCGAGACACUGGGAGGAUAAGAGAGGCGGUAGGUUUUUAACAGGCUAGGUUAUGAACAAUUUAAGAUGUUUAAAUUGUCUUCUCUUAUUUACAAAUCUGAUUCAAGAACACUGCGCGGCGGGACUAGCUCAGUCGGUAGAGCGCUUGACUGCAGAGUGGGAGGUCGUGGGUUCGAUUCACGGGGCCGGACCAAUACUCAGAGUCUUAAAAUAACUGAGAAAUGAAGGUACUCCCUUUGCACUGCAAGCGGCGGGACCUACGCGUGGCUCGGAUGACCACGUAAAAUGGUGGUCUCGUCUCCAUUAGGAGACGUAAAAAUAGUCUCCCCAAUUAGCACUUUCGUGCAAAAUACAUUGACACUCAAAUAAAAUGCCUUUUUUUAGUUUACUAAGAGGUGUUAAAGGGAGAAUCAGAAGAGUGUCUUAAAUUCUAAAGGUUGGUACACACCAGGCGACAAGUUGCAGCAACAUGUCGCGACGACACGUUGCAGCGACAAGUGGCUUCGUGGUCGGGGAGAAUUUUUGUGAAAAUCUUUGUCGCUGCAACAGAAUUUGUCGCCUCAACAAGUCGCACAAAUUCAGUCUGAUGUGAUUUUUUGCGACUUGUUGCAGAGACAAAAUUCAUUUGCGGAGACAAAGAUUUUCACAAAAAUUCUCCAGUACACACGAAGUGAUUUGUCGCUGCGACGUGUCGCCGCAACGUGUUGCUGCAACAAGUCGCCGGUCCUGUACACAUGGAGUUAUCUGGUCACCGCGACUUGUUGCUGCAACUUGUCGCCUAGUGUGUACCGACCUUAAGACCACGGCGACUACGGGAACAAGAUUUUCUCAACACUAACUAGUGCGCACGCGUUAACGAGCGUCAGUUUGGCGGGAAAACUCCAUAGUCGGCCUCAUUCUACCACGGGUUUUAGCGAAAAUGUCCUAGACCUACUUAUGACUUAAUUUUUACUCGCCAAUUUCGUAGGAAGCCCAGGACGUGGUAGUAGCCCCCCACGUGACCGGCGAGCGCAUGAGCAAGAGAAAAUACCGCGUGAAGUGGAGGAAGAUCGCAGACGUAGAUCAGAGAAUGAAGAGGACGAGUGGGAAUAUGAAGAAGAUAUUGGAGAUGACAAAGAUAGAAUACCAAAACAGGGAGAAAGGUACGUGAAGUACAGUAUCACGGCUGACAACUCACUAAGCCACCUCCCCUUGUAUUACCCUUGCGUUCCGUUGGCGCGACUCACCUUACCCUAUUACAUAGUACCUUUUCGUAUAAAGUACCCGUUAGAAAAAGGCUACCUGCAGUGAAACAACUUUAAAGGGGAACAACAGACCAGGGGCCCGUUUCUCGAAACUCCCGAUAACUUUUCGGGCCCGAAAACCUGUUUUUGUUUGCAUGUUUGCAUUCAAUAUCAAAGUUUUAAUAAUUUUGAAAAUGCUAUGAUGAAACUAUCAGUUAACGAAGCAAAAUUGGCCGGCUUGUGAGAUAGAAACUUUUGAUUUCAAAAUUUGCCUUCGGACCCGAAAAGUUACCGGGCCUUUCGAGAAACGGGCCCCUGGCCCCAGUUGUUCAAAGGAUGGAUAACGCUAUCCACCAGAUAAAUCACUAUCCACAUGAUAGCGCAAUUGGUUUCCCUAAUACUUAGAGCGAUUUUCGUAUGACCUCGAAAUGAAAACGCGCUAACAAAACAGGAACAACAAACGAACGGAAAUAGAGCGAUUUGAUUGGUUUAUCGAACAGAUACAAACGCACGCGGCUUUUGGUUGGUUAAGCGAACGCUCGGGUGAAAAAACUUCACGCCCCAGAACUUUCUAGAAAUCAACCGAUGCUUCGCUUUGACGUCAUACUGCGACGUGACUGGCCAAUCGAACAAUGCCUUUUCACGUUAGGGUUUUCUUUGGCGGGAAAACGAAGAGGCCAUGUUUUGACCUAUUCAUCCAUUGGCUGAUGAAACAAAUAAGAAACACUUACCGAAACCAUUUUUCAAGGUCAUACGAAAAUCGCUCUAUCCCGUUGGAUAGUGAUUUAUCCGGUGGAUAACGCUAUCCAACUUUUGAACAAAUGGGGCCAGUAAUUUAUUCCGCUAGGGCAAGGUGUUGUAAUGAAAGAGUCAUCCCCCAGUCUAACAUGCUGUGAUGCAAUGCAGGCAUUUUCUGGUAACGUAACGAGUGCUAGAAGUCUUUUAGAUUGUCACGCUGUAUUAUAGAGCCCACAGUUCAGUCGAACCAGUAAAGGGGUAGUCUCCCUCGCAGCCGUUUUUGUCUCGUGACGGGGAAAUCGUUGCGUGACGAGACAAAAAAUGACUUGGGGGAGCUUCUUUACGGAUAUCUUCUUAAUACGUUAAUUAUGUUGACAAUGUGCUUUUUAAUCACAGAAAACGACCCAGAGAAAAUACGUCGUCUGUGUCUACAACGGAGUCGCCAUUAGCAGGGAAACGACGACGAAGUGAAACGCCGGAGACAGAAGAGACAGCGGUUCCGGAAGCAGCUGAAGUAGGAGACAAGGGUGGCGAAGCCCAACCCACCACAGAAACACCAACCAAACAAACUAAGCCAGAAACAGGGACACCUAUCAAAGCAGUUACCAAAAUAAAAAAGAAGAAGGCUGGUAAAAAGGAAGGGAAGGUCGUGAAAUCCGAAGGUGAAGGAAGUGUUGAAAGUCACAUGACCCAAGAAACGGUACCGGAAACCGAAGCUCAGAUUGAAAGUGAGAGGCAGCCUAAAAGCGAGAAAAAACACAAGAAAGAUAAGGUAAAAACCAAGGAGAAGGCGACAAAAAAGAAAAAGAAAAGCUCUACAACAUCAGCUGAGGAAACCGAUGUAGUUUCGGAAUUACCUGAUGAACCGAAGAACGCCCCGGAGGAAGGCGGGGCCGUUCCAUCGGAAAAGAUCGGAGAGGCGAUUCCGCCGUCAGAGGGAGAGACCAUUACUAAGUUGGCAAAGAAACGCAGGCAUGGAGAUGCUCCUGAAGGAGAUGAAACCAAAGGAAAAGGAAGCGAUAAACCGCCCAAGAAAAAGAAAAAGAAAAAACAUCAGCCCGAAGUAGUCUUUCAACCGUGGGCAGAUCUUGAAGGUGAAGACGAGGACUCGAGCUCAGGCAAGUUGGAGAGCAGUGAUCAAGUGAGUGAUAAAGCUGCCCCGAUGCAAAAGGAUAGAGAAAAUGAUGGCGAAAAAUUGACUGGCGAAAAUACAGGCGGCAAACAGGAUUCUUCCAAAGUCGAAGAGCAAGUGGCGGUUUUCAGUGAUUGGAGCGACGACAGCCCUAUCGGGGACGACACUUGGUCGGAUAUAAACGAGCCGGCGGAAAUCGCCGACAACAAGCCGAAAGCCAGCAAGGAUGAACCCGCAAAGGUUGGUUCUCCUGUGGAAAAUUCGGUGCCUGCCUAUGACGAUGUUUACGAUCCGAUAAGCGACGAUGAACUUGAUGCGAUGUUAGGAGACGAAGAUGAGGAGGGUGGUGUUGGGAUUUCUGACGCUACAGGUCAUGCUAGUGCCCCUAUGGCGGUAGAAGACGUGGAUUGGAGUGCUUUGGUCACCACCCAAGGCUCAACGGAGAAAACAGGUAUGAAAAUUUACCAUCUUUUUGUGUCGUGCGUAUUGUUGUCUAGUUCUUCUGAAUAUGAUUCGAGAUCGAAGAAUGUAAACAGCAAUUUGUUUCAUAAGUUCAUUUCAUGUUCAUUUUCAUUCCCAACUUUACGUUUCAGCUGACACAUGAUUCAGUCCACGGGCUGGCUUUGUUUGAGAAAUACAUAUAUACCAGCAGUCCACAACCUGGAGCGAGCAACUUCCAUGUACUCGUGUCAUGAAAUUUUCACCGACCAGUAUAGUUUUAGAACGAUUUUGGCGCGAAUUUGGAACAUCUUUCAAGUCCCACAAUCCAGUCAGCAAAACUACACAUUUAGUUUUAAUUUCCUUUUUUAUAUUCUCUACUUCAAAUACGCUGUUAGAGGGAGUGUACCUUCCAUUUUCGGGGGAAAGGUGCCCUAAAGUGUAUAUAAAAAUAAACCUUCUUGUAACAUUGGCUUAGUAUUAAAGUUGCACGCUUUGGGUCAUGGGAUCCUGGUAGACACAUUACUAUGUAUCAAUACAGUACAUCACACGUUUUGGUACUAUAUAGUUUUUCUGUUGUCUCUGGUUUGUAGGAGUCGAACCUGGAUCUCACUUAAAGCGUUUCACUCCUGGUAGCGUGUUCUCCCGUAUUGGAAUCUCUUCCUCGCUUGCCGGUCCGCGGCUAACCAAACUAGUACAGGAAGCAUGCGCAAAGGCAGCGAACGAAAACCCCACUGGGGCAGAGACAGUCGAGCCUACUGACGUCGAGGGCGUGAGGGGGUCUCCAGCUAGCAAUAGUAUUGGCGCGCUAAUGGCAGGUGCUGCUGCAAAAAGGCGGGAAAGACAGUUAUUGUUUUCUGACGUUGGACCGUGUAGACGGGCUCUAUGCGCCCGCAAGGAUCUGGCUAUGAGAAAGCGUUUGCGAAGGUUAACUGGAAAGGUACGUUAUAACUUAAAACGCGGAAGUCGACCAUUUUUAUUAAUUAGCGUGCUGUCAUGAAUAAUAGUCCAAUGAGCGAAAAUAGAAGACUUGAACAUUUUUGCCUAGUCAUUUUAAUUUGUUUCUCAUUUUUAAUGUUAAUUUUUUUUGCGCGAGAAGUAUGCCGGCUUCAUUUAUUUAGGAUUUAAAAUUAUUCUUUUUUAGUUUGAGUUUUUAGUUUUUGUUUCUGUGUAGCCAGAAGUUUAUAUAUACUGCUCUCUUUUACCUUUUGAAUUAUUUUGUCGGUAAGUAUAAGUAAACUGUAUUCUUUAAACUAUAAAUACAACUUGUCUUACAUGAUAUUUGUUUGAUUUUUAGGUCGGCGUUUUCCAGACUCCGCCCUCUGCCCCAGUCGACAAUGAACUUUAUUUGAUGAGCGUGGCCUUGUACAAACACGAACAAACCUCUACAGACUCCUCUAAUGGAAAACUUAUCCCCUCAAGGGUGGGGUCAGUUCUUGCCACGCUGACUUCAUAAGCCUACUAUAAUAUCUUCUUUUGCAAUUCCCAAUUCCAGAAACUAUAAGGGAAAUGUGUAGAAGUUUUUGGCGCAACGAUUUCUGGGAGCAUUUGGGUGGAUAAGCGUCACUUGUGAUUGGAUAGUUGCCUUGAAUAUCACCGACCAAUAGACCUAUUCGCCGGGCUAACUCAAUGUUGUACCCAAUUCAAACCCUUUUAGAAUAAAACGUCGUGUUCCAGGAAUUUCCAUGUCAUUAAAAUGUAAAUGCCACAUUAUAAUGCAAAUACAAUACACAAAGAAUCUUAACCCCGGAAGAUUUGAAUUGGGUACAACACUGAGUUAUCC